AUUGCCUCGUUGGGUCUAGCGGUUUAGUUAGUUUCUCUUUACUUUCGCCAUGUCCGAAGUCGUGCUCCCCGCUCCAGCAGCUUCCACUCCCCCUGAGAAGCCUUCAGCUGGCAAGAAGGCGAGGAAGCCUGUGAAAGCUGCAGCAGCCGCCAAGAAGAAACCCGCGGGCCCUUCAGUUUCGGAGCUGAUUGUACAAGCCGUUUCCUCCUCUAAGGAGCGCAGCGGUGUGUCCUUGGCCGCACUGAAGAAGGCGCUGGCGGCCGCUGGCUACGAUGUGGAAAAGAACAACAGCCGCAUCAAGUUGGGUCUUAAGAGCCUAGUGGGCAAAGGCACCUUGGUGCAGACCAAGGGCACCGGCGCCUCGGGUUCUUUCAAGCUCAACAAGAAAGUAGCCUCCGUGGAUGCUAAGCCCAGCGCCACAAAGGUGGCAACGAAAACCAAGGUAACAAGCGCUUCUAAGAAGCCCAAGAAGGCCGCUGGGGCGGCUGCUACUAAGAAAGGUGUCAAGACUCCAAAAAAGGCUAAAAAGCCUGUGGCGACAAAGAAGUCCUCCAAGAGUCCUAAGAAGCCCAAGGCUGUGAAGCCUAAGAAAGUAGCCAAGAGCCCUGCCAAAGCCAAGGCUGUGAAACCCAAAGGGGCCAAAGUAAAGAUAACCAAGCCAAAGACCGCUGCCAAACCCAAGAAGGCAGCACCCAAGAAGAAGUAAAGUUCCGGUUGGAAGCUGCUUCCAAUAAACCAACGGCUCUUUUAAGAGCCACCAACUUAUUUCAGGGAAAGAGCUUUAUUACCACACUUUUUUUUUUCUUUUUGCCCUCAUGCAAAUAGUGUGUGCAAGCCAUUCUUGGCUCUACAUCAGAAUCCUUUUGAGGCUAAGUUAAACUCACGCUGUGGGGUUAGAAGUUGGUGUUUUGGGCCUCAAACGAUUUCCCUAAUCCCAUUUUAACCUGAAGCUUACGUUUUUACUUGUAUGUCGGAAAAAAGCGGGGGAACUUUGGAGCCUAUGCUUUAGUCCCAAUACCCCAAAGUAGUUCUGAGCGGCACGACUGAGGGCUGGGUCCGUGUACCAUGUACUCGUUUGUCUGUUAGAUUUCUCUGGUGUUAUCUGAGAUCAAGGCCGGGAUAUAGGUUCUUGGGCCAUAUCGCUAUCGCUAAAUUGGCUUUUUCCAAAAUUGGGUGGCUCUGAAAUGCUUUUAAGGUGACCUUGGGAACGACGGUGAUCCGCCGGCUUACCCGGCACUCAGAUUGGUGUCUUCGGAAGCCUUAGGCUGCGCCAUCGAGGCCAGGCUCGGCCGACUUACGCCUGGACCAUUUGCAGGGCAGGUUGUCAGCUAGUUUCCCGCCAGGGUCAAGAGAACUUGGCUGCCCUGGAAUUUUAGAGCUAAAGCCCAAAACCUUUUACCGGGUUCCUCUGCUCCUGGAGACAGAACUGCCCAGAUUGAAUAAUAUUUGAAAUUUCCCCUCUGUGCCUAACUAGUAUUUCUCCCGGCGCAGGGUUUUCAACCCUGGUGUGCUACACCAGGUUAAGUAUUGAUAUUUGGGGACACGUUUAUAGAAUUGGCUCUUUCGAAGUUUUAAUUUCGGAAUUCAGUUUAAUUACUACUUUUUUCACAUCCAAGGGGAAAAAACACAAUACCAUAUGUUGAGCCCGGUUUACUCACUUAAACUCAACGAAACUCAAUUAGUUGUAAAACUUUUACAUAUAAGGGUGCAAACUUUUUUUUAUGUGAAUACCAAGCAUUUAAGGUUUUUUGUACUGCAUUUGCUAAGAAUUUCCACAGUAAAUUUGAAUAAUAUUUUUAGUAGUGAGCCCCGUUUAGUUCUUGGUUUUAAUUAACAUGGUAUUAUUUUGUCCUUUAGCAUGUUAUUAAUUUUUUGUAUCUCCACUAUAUUUAAGUGGUUCCCUUCAAUUGUUUUCUACUUUUUUAAAUUAAAUGGCAGCUAGACUUUCUUCAUGUAUUGAUAUUAUCAUGUGGUUUUUCUCUUUUAUUCAAUGCUUUCUUAGAUGUUGUGAGCUCUCAAACUCAAUGUGGCUGAAAGAAUAAACUAGAAGAAUGAGAUGAGUUUUCCUAAAAUGAUCAUCUAUAAGAGAGAAGCAAGUGUGCUAUGAUGGAGCUGGGAGGGUGAAUCAGAAAUUUUGUUGUGAAACUCGCAGAGUCUAAGAGAUUUCCCAAGCGGAUAAGGGAGUAAAUUAACUGGGUUCAAAUAUUGCUGAUAGACUGAAGUGACUAGAUGCCUGAGAAUAGUUCCUUGGUUUAGUGGUAUGGAUGUCAGUAGCAGCUUUGACAGAGAAGUUUAGGGGAGGAUGGAGUUGAAUUAAGUUGGAGCCAUACAUUUUGGAAUCAUUGGUAUAUGGAUGGCAUUUAAAGUCAUGAGACUUGGUGAGGUCACCAAGGGGGUGAAUGAGGUGGAGAAUAUAAAGAACGGUAAAGGAUAGAGGAGACCUGGUCCUGACAUUUUAUCACCCAUAAAAAUGAAUCAUUAUUCCACCUCUUUGUGCUUCCCUUUGCUUAUUUAUUGUAAGUUAAGCUCUUUGCGCACAAGCCAAGAGUCUUGCCUCUUGGUGCACAUGGCUGAGCACAGAACUUGCCUGCAAUUGUGAAGUCAGUUUCAUUGUGAAGACAGUUCCAUUCUCUCAGCUGUGGAGUUCAGUAUUUAAAACUGCUGCUAAACUCUCAGUUUUAAAAGAGGGAACCUAGCUCAGGGGAAGAGACUAUGACUGUUUGCAGGAGUCCAUCUUUACAUGGUACAGGUUAGAUUAAAACUCCUCAGCAGGUAUUCAGUAUAUGCUGAUUCUUUCUGUCUCCAUCCUGAGUUUCCAGUCAGUUUCUAUCUUGGAAGCCCCCUUUCAUGAGCCCACAGUCGUUUCUCAUUCUGUCAGUACAUCUUCACCAAUAAACCAGAAGCUUUCUCAACUGUAGCCAGAGCACCUCGAACCUGUUCCUUCCAUAAGGAAGAUUUUUUAAAAGGUAGAACUCAGAAAGAGAUUUGCAGCUAAAGGGGGCCUUCCUAAAGACAACAAGCUGACACCUCUGGAAUUCAAGUGAAACAAAAGUGAUAUUAAAAUGUCAGGGUGCAGGACUUCAAGAGCACCUUCAAGAGGCCCCCCAAAGGGAUGUAUUCACCUAGAACAAGGAGAGAAGAAAUUAUGGAAUGAGGAACUUGAUGUUCCCAGAGUUGUCCAGCAGAGGGAGGCCUCUGGCUGAUGGCAGGCUGCCACAGAAAAGGUAGAAAUUGGAGGCCUUUAAUAACCAUCAUGUUCCCUACUUCUAAGUGACUAGAAAAAUGGUUACCCAUUUAAAAAAAAUUUUUUGCUAGGAAAAAAAGAACUAUACUUUUAUAUCAAAUUUAUUUAGAAUUUUCUAUCAAAUCCUAAUUUAAAAAUCUUUAAAUGUGUUCUUAUCAGAUAGGACACAUUUAAGUUUCAACUGAUUUGAGGGUUUGUAACUUAGACAGCAUAUUAAAAAACAGAGACAUCACUUUGCC